AGGCAGUGAGUCACUGUGGGUGUGGUCACUCAUCGGUAUCUUUUUCCUUUAUUUCGUGAUGAUCAUCAUGAUCUGUGUCAUGAUGGGAAACCACAGAGGAUUAUUUCUUUCCUUGACCGUGUCUGCGGAAAAGGUCGGUGCAAAGUAGUUAACAAGGGUAUCAAGAAAGUUACGUGCGUCGUGGAGGUGUUGGCGAUCAUUCGAAGUAGAACUAGAGAAGAUAGAAAAAAAGGGACAAGAUGUCGACGGACGACACUACGACUACCCCGAAGAACGACCACCCGUACUUGACCGAGUACUUCGAGACCCAACUGGAGAUGGUCGAAAAGAACAUGAAGGACCUGUUGAACGUAUCACAGGAAAAUGUGUUAACGUUAACGGAAUUUGUGAUGCACUAAUGCAUCACAAAACGCGCCAGCAAAAUUUGUCAUGCAUAGGAUGCAUACGAGGCGAAAUUUGCCAUGCAUAUUUGCAAUCUAUGAAGAAAACCGUUAGCGUUAAUACUUUUUCUGAUGGAUAGAACGACCAAGAAAAGACCCUCCGCAUCGCACUGGACGCAAAUUUUCGGAAAAAAUACAUGGACGACCAACACGCGGAGAUGAACGCAAAGCUACAGCCGCUUGUGGAAAAGUCCUUCGUGCACCACGACCUGGACAUAUGCAAUACAAAUUUCUCGCACAUGUACAAAAUGCAUGACAAAUUUCGCUAUAUUUGAAGUGUCCAACUUGUCAUGUUGACUAAGAUCGAAGGCAAGUUUUGUCAUGCAGAAACUGCAUUUCUUGUACGUGUACGGUAAAUUUACUGUGGAUAGGACAAAUCCGGGGUGUUGUCCAAGGAGGAAUCCGCGCGGUUUUUCAGCCAUUUCGCAAAGGAAACGAAGCGGUUCGUGUAUGCAUUGGAAAAGUAUCGCGCUAGUAGUAAUCGCAUUACAAAUUUGCUUAGCAUUAGCAUUACAAAUUAACAUGAAACUUGUAAUGCUAUUUUACCUUCGUAGGGAUAUUUGCCAUGCAUAACAGCAAUUACUACGAGUGCGAUAGCGAUACUUUUGCAGAGCAUAUCGUGAUGGGGACCACGAAAUUGACCAUGGUGCAGUCGAUGGACCAAGUUGGGCAGGCGUUGGCCACGCAAUUCCCCAGCGAGUUGGAGGACGAGCUGCAAAUCUCGGCGAAGAUGAAGAAGGUGAUGGAAAGUUCGAUGGAUUUCAUGUAUGCACAGUUGGACGGACUUUUGGAAGGCCUGCAUCAAGAGUACCUGAAGAACAAAGAACAGAACGACGCAAAAGCGUUCGACGUCGUGGACACCGCGAAGGCAUGAAAGUGCACAACUACUUCCCCUCCCCCUCAUUUGUCAUGCCAAAUACCAAGUUCACUCUUUGCCCCUUUGGAAUUCUAGCAUCACAGAUUCUGACAGCCCAAACACCAUUACAAUCCUGUGAAGAUUUGUCAUGCAAAAGCUGCACUCUUGCAGGCCCUUCUAUUGCUGUUUAUGCAAUAAAACAAAUAAGGGAGGGGUUGUAGUUGUGCACUCUCAUAGAAGGACGGGAUGCUGCACAAAGAAGAGGUGAUGAAGGCGAUGGAGGUCGGGUCGGAGCAAAUCAAGAAGGUUUUGGAAGCGUUGGGCUUCGGCGAAGCGACGCUGGCUGCGAAAUUAAGCCCGGUCAUGCACGUAUCCAAUGCAAAUAUGUCUGGGUCUGGAAGAAUGCAUGUUUGUCAUGCUUGUUUGGCAUGACUCUUAAGUCUGUCAUGCACAUUACCCAAGAGCCCCACUUUUCUGUCAUGCAGAAACGCAGUUUCUGAUGCAGAAUAGGCAACACCUAGUAGCUCAGAAACUUGUCAUGCUGAGCCAGCACUUGUGCCCUCCUCACGAUACGCCACCAAGCAUCACAAGUUUCCAGACCCAGACAUUUUUACAAUCCAUAGCACGAGGUGCAAGUCAAAAUUGCGCAGGAGGCGAUGGAAUCUUUCGCGGAGCUUGAUGAUGAUGCUAUGGAGGCGUCAGGUUUGAAAUCGUCAAAGUUGAAAUUAUUUGUAAUGCAUAAAAUGCAUGACCCGAGGCACGUGCGUUGCAGAGUAGGCAAGUGAGGCCGAUUAUAAGCCUGCUUGGGGCUACAGCUUGAGCUGCUAAAGUAGCAUGAGAAAAUCGCCCCUCUUUGCCUAAACAGCAUGACAAACUGGAUUUAGGGACCACCGAAAUUUGUCAUGCGCCACUUGAAAACUGGGCUCCAACUGGCAUCCAUUUUAUGC